UAUUUAUCAAAUCAUCCAUUUUUUAGCAAUCGACGUUAUCCACACGUUUAGAUCCUUUGAAUGUGUUUACGGUGCAAUUAAGCCAUUAAGGUCGUCCCUUUUCGGGUCGGGUCGGAUAUAUACCAGUUUUCCUGGUUUUGGAUCGGAAAGAGGGCAGAGAGAGAAGGAGGAGCAGUAGUGGUUGUCAAUGGCAGCCUUCUCCUUCUCCCUCUCCACUUCUCCUCUUCCUAUACGCCAUUUCAAACGCCUAUCUAUUUCUCCCUCACUCUCUUCUCUUCCCUUUCGUUCAACCAAAAUUCCUAAUAAAUCUUUAACCUUAAGAACUGCUUCAAUUUCUGCUUCUUCUUACGAUGAUUUCAGUGCCAGCAAUCAGAAUUCUCGAUCCAAGAAAUCAGUCCUCUCAAACUUGAUACAAGAGAUAGAGCCAUUGGAUGUGAGCCUUAUUCAAAAAGAUGUACCACCCACAACCAUUGAUGCAAUGAAAAGAACUAUAUCAGGCAUGUUGGGCUUGCUUCCAUCAGACCAGUUUCAAGUUCUAAUUGAAGCUUUGUGGGAACCAAUCUCCAAGCUUUUGAUCUCUUCAAUGAUGACUGGGUAUACACUACGAAAUGCUGAGUACAGGCUUUGUCUUGAAAAGAACCUUGAAAUAUAUGAUAGAAACAUUGGUAGACAAAAGCUUGAAGAUUCUAAAGUUGGAGAUGAGACAUUGCUGAAUGAAAAUAUAUCGAGCAAAAAAUCAGAACAUAAACAACCAACAUCAGAAGGAAAGAGUGAACUUUCACUUGAUAUUCCAGACGUUGGUAAAAUGACCCCUGAAGCUCAGCAAUACAUAUUAGACCUACAGACUCGCUUAGCGUCUUACAAAAAGGAACUUCAUGAAGUUAAGAGGAAAAGUGCAGCUCUUCAGAUGCAACAAUUUGUAGGUGAGGAGAAGAAUGAGUUGUUGGACUACUUAAGAUCAUUGCUUCCGGAGAAGGUUGCUGAGCUAUCAGAACCAACAUCCCUGGAAGUAAAGGAGACCAUCCGCUCAGUAGUCCAUGGACUACUUGCAACUCUAUCCCCUAGAAUGCAUUCUAAGGCCCCCGAUCUAUCAGAAAAUAGCUCUGCAGGAACUGUAAAUAUUGGAGCUGAAGAUUCCAUCGAUCUUGUUGAGAACACCUCCAUUCACUUCCAACCUCAGAUAUCAUUGACUCGAGAUUAUUUGGCUCGUCUGUUGUUUUGGUGCAUGCUGCUAGGGCACUACCUUAGAGGUCUAGAAUAUCGGGUGGAGCUUACUGUACUGUUGUCCUUGCCAUGUGGGUUAGAGAGCGAAUCGAGCAAUUAGCAAGUUGACUACACUUGUUUUUAGCCAAACAAGGCCGAGAAAGUUGAUGGAGCGCUUGUCUUGUUUAACUUGGUUGACUUUGUAAAUAGGCGAGUUUGUUUGACUACAGUGCUGGCAGAAAUAUGGUUCUGCAAAUGGUAAGCGAUUCUGUAAUUAUUUGAUGGAAUAUUCGAUAGAAUGGUCAUCAUGCUAGUCUGUCAAGUACGUCUACUCCUGUUAUUUAGAUUUACAAAUGCUUGUCUGUCGACUCUUGAUAGCAUAUAAAAAUAUGUUAUUUGAUAUAUGACUAGGUGCGAGUAUUUUAUGACUUUGAACUAGUGAUAAAAUGUUCAGGAUGUACCCUUCAGAACUCAUUUUAUAUUCAGAGAAGAACAAAUACUUAUUCAUUACUUUUAA